AUGAUAAAAAAAAGAAAACGGGAGACACAUGCUUCGUUUCAUAAACUAUUAGACGAUGGUAUCGAUGGUGGAAAAUCGGUUCAUGAUCAGAAGAGAAAACGAACCAACGAAAACCCGACUAGUAACACCAAUUAUAAGGAGAACGAGGACAUCGGUAUUGAGGAUGUGGAUAAUAAUGAAAAUGAAGUGGGAAAAUUUAAUGAGGAGAUAGUAGAUGUCUUAGAGAACACCGUUGAAUACUCGGAAUUAGCGGAAAAAAUUUGUUCAAUUUAUGCGGAACAAUGUUCUGAUGGAGAUUUGAUCGACCUUCGCCCAUGUUCAUCUUUCUUCAAAAUGCUUCCAAGAUCGAUAGCAAAGUCAUACCUAUCAGAAAUGGACACUAUAACGGAAUCGUUAAUUCCUGAUGAUGUGCACCAAUUCCUAGUAAAAUUCUUCUCUCAAAAUAUUUCUGAUAACGAUUGGCAAACUAAAGUUGAUGAUUUACGAUCCUCAGAGCAAAACUAUCUAAUUACUGCACUAGUACGAAUUUUACGUCGUACAUUACCACAGUUUAGCGUGAAAGCGUUUUCACUUGGAGCCCAAAACCCUCUUCAAAGCAUUGCAACAAUCGAGCAAGCGCACCUUAAUGCGUUUGUACAUCCAUGCCUAGAUAGUGCUUUAUGGAACGUAGCGAAAAUACAUUACGAGUAUGGCGAAAUUCCCUCGAAAAACCAUAUUAAUAAGGACCGUGCAGAUGGCGUUGGUUUUAUGACCAACGCUGAUAAAUUCCAAAUUGUAUAUGUGGAAGGCUCCAAGCCAGUUGCGAAGCAAGAUAAAGAAAUCGCUGACGCUGAAAAAAUUGCCCGCAAUCUGAAAAAUAUAUUUUCAAAAAUUGUAAAAGAAGUAAUCAAAAAUCAAUUGAUAUUCACUGUCAAUAUCAAUUUAGGAAAUUUUCGACUAAAUGAGGUUGAUAACGCCAACUUACCACGGGAUUUUUCGGAGAUGCAAGAUUUCGUAUAUUUUUACGAAUGUAUAUUGAAAUGGGCGUUGUUAGUUCAGAAUGUAAUAAAAUCCUUUGGCGAUGCAAGAUCCGAAAAGAGACCCUCCCGGCUCUCAUAUGCGAAUUCCCUUCUUCAACUAGAUGAGUGA